AUGGAAGGCAUUGUUCUUGAUCGCACAUUGGCUGAGUUAUAUGCUCAAGAUGGCGAUGCAUCGAAUCUUGUCGCAAUCUUUGCAUAUCCCACUCCCCGGAGUGAGGGAACAGUGUCAUCACCUGCGUCGAAGAAGUUCAUGUACCAGACUCCUCUGGCGCCAUCAACCGACCCAGAUGCGGUGGGAAAGCGUCGUCUUCAUAACAUUCCUUUAAAGAUGAGCUUCGUGGCAGGAAAAAUGCCGGUGAUUUUCUUCGACUCGAAGCCUGGACAGAACGAUGCAGACCCUGAGGAAAAUUGCGAUCAUCUUGAUGCAUCUGCGAUUUUCGAUCAAUUGUCAGCAGAACAAAGGCCAAACUUAAGCUUUGUCCGAAAUCCCGAAGAUAUUGAGUUACCAUCGGCCACAGAAGCAGUGACUUUGAACCCCUUGGACCGACUCGCUCAUCUACCUCAUAUUGUUGACCCCGAAAUCCACUACGAUUUACUUUCUAAGAGGGGGUUGGCAUAUUCUGGCUUACCGACUCCCAAAACAACUAUAAUUGAGAGUAAAUCUAUCGACACGGAAGAGCAAAUCGAUGCUGAAGUCGAGCGUAUGAUCCGUGAAAUCUAUGAUCGGGAAUUACCAUUCAUUGUCAAGGUUCCACAGACAGUGGGAAGCCUGGGUACAUUCAUCAUUCGCACUGAGGCUCAACGCCAGUCCGCAAUAGCAGUGCUUCAGACUGAAGUUCGAAAGAUGUUACAGGAGGUUACUCCGUUGAAUGAGCAUCUGGUCCCAUGCUCUUUGGCAAUUCAGGAAUUUAUCCCUGGAGAAACAAUGGGUCUGACUAUGUUCAUCACUCAACGAGGGCGAGCUAUCUUCAAUGGCUGUUGCAAUCAGGCUCUUGAUAACGAUGGACUCUGGUCAGGGGGUACUAUGUCCUACCCGGAGCAGCCAGAAUUGGAACGGCGGUUUUCAGGAAUCAUAAACCAAGUUGCCAUCUUCUUACAUAGUAAGGGUUAUUAUGGCCCUGCUGGUGUGGAUAUCAUCGUGAGUGAAGAUGGAAGUCAACUGGUCAUCGAUCUCAAUGUCAGAGUGACUGGCUCAUACAGCCUGGGAUGUCUUCGAAGUCAUUUUGUUGGUCGAGGCCUCUCAGAAGCGUUGCUUUAUUCAUUCAGUCCUCGUUGCUUGCAGCAUGAGUUUCGAAAGCACUUUGAAAAGGAAUUCCUGGAUGGCAGCUUCGUCCUCGUAACUUGGACUUCUGAUCUCCCCGGUGGUUCGAGUUUGGCGUUGGUUUGCAUUGGUGCUGCAGAUCGGGAACAGCUCAAAGCCAGCGCCUCUCGACUCGAGGAUUUUGUGUCUAAUUUGAAGAAACAAUAA